AUGAUCAGCGCAAUAGAGAGAAAAUGUGAAAGAUUGAGAUUUGGAUCACUCUUCCCAGAUAUUUUGAACGAGGAUCGAUUGGUCGAUUCAUUGGAAUGCUUUCAGACUCUUGAAGGACAUUCUGGUUGUGUAAAUACUCUUCGUUGGAACAAAACGGGUACAAUUCUUGCCUCAGGAUCAGAUGAUCGAACAGUAAAACUGUGGAGAGCCGGUGAAGAAAAACACAGUUUGGAUACGGGACACGAGGGAAAUGUGUUCGCUGUAGAAUUUCUGCCUAGUUCAGAUGAUAGAAAAUUGGUAACGGGUGCGGCUGAUCACGUGGUUUUUUUGCAUGAUAUUGAGACAAAUACGAAUAGAAAAUGGGAAGUUGAAGGAAGAGUAAAACGAAUUUGUACACUUGAACAUGAUCCAACACUUUGGUGGGCGGCUGUAGAGGAUCCAAAAGGAGUUCAUCAAUUCGAUACUCGUCUCGAAGAGCCAGAAGCUAUAAUUCAAGGACCAGAGACAAAUGGAGAAGUGAGAGAUGUAAAGUCUGUGGCAGUUUCUGAGGCUAAGCCUCAUUUGAUUGUUGUAGGAUUUGAUGAAACCGCGGUUCGUCUCUACGACCGUCGCAAUUUUGAAGCACCAGUUUUAACUUUUAACCCUUUGUAUACCAGUCCACUCGACUAUCAUGCAACCCACGUGGCAUUCAACAAAGAAGGAACAGAAGUAGUCGUAAAUCAUGGAUGUGGUGGUGGUGUCUACGUCUUCUCAGUGAAUUCAUCAGAAGAUCCGAAAGUGAUGGAACGAUUUCAUGCUGUUCUUGAUCAACCAAGAGAACCAGUCAUUUCUUCACAAGCACUUCCACACGCAGACCUUCGAGAAAUCGGUUCCUCAGCGAUUCGUGGAAAACAAUUUAAUCAAGCAAUCGAUUACUACUCCGAUCUCAUUCAUCGCAAUGAUCCAGAGCGUGCAUUCAGAAGUGUAUGCCAUUCGAAUCGUGCCACUGCGAUGCUUCUUCGUCGUCAUCGUGGUGACACAUAUGCAUGCAUCAGAGAUUGUGUGAAAGCACUUGAAAUUCAUCGUGGAAAUUCAAAAGCAUUGUUCCGUUUGGUCAAAAGUUUCACUACAAUGGAAGAAGCUGAUUUGGCUAGAAAGUGUAUUCAAAAAUUCAAAGAGUGGUUUCCGGGUGAUAAGAGUGGAAUGAUGACCAAGAUGGAGAAUGAAGUUAACCAGAUUACCAAUGGUGAAAAUCAUGAAACAGAACCCGUUGAAGGUACCGUUGACUACCAGCAGAGAUUCUGUGGAAGCACAAAUCAUCAAACGGAUAUUAAAGAGGCGAAUUUCUUUGGAUCGAGAGAUCAGUAUAUUGUGGCCGGUUCCGAUUGUGGUCACAUGUACAUUUGGAAUCGUGACACUUCGAAACUUCAAGGAAUCUGGAGAGCUGAUGAUCAUAUUCUGAAUAUUGUUCAACCUCAUCCUAAUCAAUUCAUGCUCGCCUCGUCUGGAAUCGAUGACGAUAUUGUCUUAUGGCAACCACUUCUUGACAGAUCAGAUGAUUAUGAAAGUCGUCAUAUUAGUGAUCCAUUUGAGUUUAUCGAGAAGAGACGAGAAGAAAGAUUCGGUGCCGGAUUCCAGCUUAGUCUUCUUCGUGAUAUUACAAGAAGAGAGGGUCAAUGUGUUCAAUCUUAA